AUGUUGGUUCAGACGUACGGCGGAUUAAUCCAGUUUGGUCGCAUGAUAGAAAUAGUGGUUGGCAGGCCGGCAUUAUUCACGUACGCGUUCUAUGGGUGUCACUGCGGUGCCGGAGGGAGCGGGUGGCCUGUGGACAACAUUGACUGGUGCUGUCACGUCCAUGAUUGCUGCUUUGAGUCGAUCUCCAGCGGAGGAUGUUAUCCACUUUGGGUCUUUUAUAGAUACGAUUACAUCGAUGGAGACGUAAUUUGCUUGGAUAAUCGGUUGGACGGAUGCGCCAGGCAAGCCUGCGAAUGUGACCGCGCGGCCGCCCUCUGCUUCCAGAGACACGACGGGACGUAUUCCCACUCCAACAACUUCUAUCUCAAAGCCAAGAGAUGUGACGAGCUCCAGCCGCCCUGCCACCUCGACCCUCUGACCUGGAACUGA